AUGCCGCAUCCCAAAUAUCCGGACAACACCACAGCGGAAAAAAUUUUGAAAAUGGAAAAAAUCGUCCUUCAGAAACAUCCUCUUCAUCGACAUUACAAUACCACUGGAGUGGUCGUUAACCUAUGGUGCCAAGGUUCUUUUGUCCAACUGAUUACGACUUGUCAAUCGGUGGUAGAGUGCAUUUUGGGGUAUCAUAGCACCGGCGUCAUGAAUUUUGUUACCUUUGAGAAGGUGUACAGCUUGUAUCCAAAUGCUACCUUUGGAUAUCAAGUCUCUCUGUUGCAACCUUCUGCCGACCUCAAGCGCACGCAAAAAUUUCUUGCAAAAUAUCAUUCCCGUGGCUUGAAAUUUGUUCUUUCCAUUCCAUCGCAAACUUUGAAAAUGAACCGCCAUAUCCAAAGCAGGAUACAGUCUAUCAGGGACAACGUAAAUGUUGGGUAUAGUUCAUCUCGUGGUCAUGUUCUUGUUGUGCUGGAUUACGAUCCUUAUCUAGAGUUGUUCUCUCCUGGGAUUAGACGGGUUGGCGACAGGCAUUGUUGGGUUUAUUCUUUGCCUCUUUUACCCAAAGCAAAUCAGACUUCCUUUGUUGAAGCCAAUUCAUGGGCAUUGUUGCUCAAUGAAUUUGAUUGUUUGCAUUUUGGUGUCCGUCGCAUCAGCGGUAUCGCAUUAGAUUUUCACUACACAGCGGCAGAUGUUUACCAAUUACACAAGCGUGUCAAAAAAGCUAUCAAAUCCUGGGAAAGGGGUAUAAGGCAAAAAGAUGACUGUGUACAUGCAACUGUUUUGUAUUUGCUAUCCAGAAAGGCAGAUAUUUUUUGGUUGCAUCGCCCUCAACCACAAAGCCUCUUGUGGAAUGGAUAUUUGUAA